GAGGUUGCGUGCUAUUUUUGACAACGAAAUUUUUGUGGUACAAAAUAAACAUUCUAACAUGAAGUAUGCCACCAGGCACUAUUCACAUAAUCACAUGCGAUUCAUAAACUGAUCCUUUUCUUGAACAACUUUUGAAAGCAAUUUUAUUUGUCUUUUUUAUGUUAUUAAAUCUUUCCAUCAUGUCUGAGAAAAGUGGAUUUCAAAGUUCACUAUUUGCAGGAAUGAAUUUCGGGAGAAGUAAGAGCGGUAAUUCAAGCAAGACAUUGACGUCGGAGAAGAAUGAAAUAGCGCUUGGAGCAGAAGGCAGUUCCUCGAGUAAAAAAGGUAUACAAAAUGUCUGUAUAAUCAUUGUUGUGCAUGGUCAUGUGCGGUAGCACAGUACUCUUGACAGCUCUGUGUCAGUAGACGUCGUGGCAAUGAUAAGAAAGCUUUGGAUGGAUAGGGAUACAACUACCUGAAAAAUACAAGGAGAACUUCGACGUUUCGAGAAGCGAAGGCCCUUUGACCAUAGGCAGUCUACUAGACGACUGAAUUUAAAUUAAAACUGCAUUGAAAUCCUAAAAUUAACGAAAAUAAUCACAAUUUAGCGAAAUAUAUUGUUUUAGACAACUGGAAAUAUAGAUAAUUUUACCAAUUUCGAUUGUCUACCGAUAAGAAAAAAUCCGAUACCAAUAGACCUUUCCCCUUUUAAGUGAAAAUUUGAUCUAGACAACUCUGGACAAAAAUUUCAUCACAGCUUGAAAGAGCAUCACAAAAUUAGUAAUAUUCCGAAGUUUCUUUGCGAAAUGUUGUAAAAUGCGGGUAAUAUAGCCUUGCGAAGUUUGCCGUCAUUUUGCAUUACAAAUGGGAAAUUGAUAAUCAGAUGAUCAAACUGAUUAUCAAUUUCCCGUUUGUAAUACAAAAUGACUGAAAAACGGCAAACUUUGCAAGGCUAUAUUAUCCGCAUUUUACAACAUUUUGCAACAAAACUUCGGAAUAUUACUAAUUUUGUGAUGCUCUUUCAAGCUGUGAUGAAAUUUUUGUCCAGGCUAGUCUAGAUCAAAAUUUCACUUAAAAGGGGAAAGGUCUAUUAUUGGUCAAUCACUAGGCGGUAUUCGAUACCAGCGAUACCACAAACAGUGGUAUUGAUUACUGACUAAAUUAAUAUUCAAAAUGUGGUGUGCACAAAGUCAUUUAUAGAAAAUAUUUAUUACGUUUGGGGUUUACUUAUGGCUUUAUUCAGUGGCGGAAAUCUUGGUGGGGCGGUCGGUUGGAAAUUUUGACCUAAAAGAGGGCUAAAACCAGCCUUUUCAAGUGCAAAUGGGGGGGGGGGUUGUCGGAAAUUUGAAAGUUUUGCCGGAAAUUUAGGUGGCUUUGCCACCCCACCGGAAAAAGUGAAUUUCCGCCACUGGCUUUAUUCAGGUUACAUACAGUAAUGAAAUAUAUUUUUCUGCUGACCGACAGGUAUUGAAGGUAACCAAUACUAGCAAUUUAAGUACCGACGUCCAGUAUCGGAAAUAGAGAUUUUGUGUUUAUUUUGAUAUCGAUACAGACGUCUGUAAGUGUUUAUAUUCUCACCUCGGGUUGCUUGAGACACAACAUUUUUUGUUUGGCCUAAUUUAAUUUAAAGGACAUUGGCAAUAAAAAAUUAGUUUGUCUCAUUCAACAGAACUCUUAAAAUUAUGUACAGAACUCUAUUACCGAUUUUGCCAUAUCUAAUGGACAACUUGCAUGUUAGACUAAAUUUUAAUCUAAGCAAAGAGAAGGGAAUCAAACACAAGAGUUGCAAAGAACAUGAUGACAUUAGUAAAAUGGCAAAAUUCGGUUGCAAAAUACAGAAAAUAUAGCCUUGCGAAGUUUGCAUAUUUUCAGUAUAUUUGCAUUACGUGCGGAAAUUGUUACCAUUUUCGGCUCAAAAAUGGUAACAAUUUUCGCAUAUAAUACAAAUAUACUGAAAAUAUGCUAACUUUGCAAGGCUAUAUUUUUUGAAUUUUACAACAUUUUGUAACCAAAUUUUGCAUUUUUACUAAUUUUAAUAAAUUCUUUACGGGAAUUUACUUUUUUUGCCUGGAUCAAAAAUUUUUCUAACAUGCAAGUUGUACAUUGCUUAGUUCUCGAAGUAUUUAGCCCGAAAUUAAUGAGCUGUUUGGCAUCUUGGACUAAUUCUUGACCUCAUUAACUAUGGUUUUGAUGACAUCGGGAGUUGGGUUAAACCUACCACUAUAUAAAAUUACUACCACUAUAUAAAACUACUACCACUAUGUAAAACUACUACCACUAUAUAAAACUACUACCACUAUAUAAAACUGCUACCACUAUAUAAAACUACUACCACUAUAUAAAACUACUACCACUAUAUAAAACUACUACCACUAUGUAAAACUACUACCACUAUGUAAAACUACUACCACUAUGUAAAACUACUACCACUAUGUAAAACUACUACCACUAUGUAAAACUACUACCACUAUGUAAAACUACUACCACUAUAUAAAACUACUACCACUAUAUAAAACUACUACCACUAUAUAAAACUACUACCACUAUAUAAAACUACUACCACUUUAUAAAACUACUACCACUAUAUAAAACUACUACCACUAUAUAAAACUACUACCACUAUGUAAAACUACUACCACUAUAUAAAACUGCUACCACUAUAUAAAACUACUACCACUAUAUAAAACUACUACCACUUUAUAAAAGUACUACCACUUUAUAAAAGUACUACCACGAUGUAAAACUACUACCACUAUGUAAAACUACUACCACUAUAUAAAACUACUACCACUAUAUAAAACUACUACCACUAUAUAAAACUACUACCACUAUAUAAAACUACUACCACUUUAUAAAACUACUACCACUAUAUAAAACUACUACCACUAUAUAAAACUACUACCACUAUAUAAAACUACUACCACUAUAUAAAACUACUACCACUAUAUAAAAGUACUACCACUAUAUAAAACUACUACCACUAUGUAAAACUACUACCACUAUAUAAAACUGCUACCACUAUAUAAAACUACUACCACUUUAUAAAACUACUACCACUUUAUAAAAGUACUACCACUAUGUAAAACUACUACCACUAUAUAAAACUACUACCACUAUAUAAAACUACUACCACUAUAUAAAACUACUACCACUAUAUAAAACUACUACCACUAUAUAAAACUACUACCACUAUAUAAAACUACUACCACUAUAUAAAACUACUACCACUAUAUAAAACUACUACCACUAUAUAAAACUACUACCACUAUAUAAAACUACUACCACUAUAUAAAACUACUACCACUAUAUAAAACUACUACCACUAUAUAAAACUACUACCACUAUAUAAAACUGCUACCACUAUAUAAAACUGCUACCACUAUAUAAAACUGCUACCACUAUGUAAAACUGCUACCACUAUAUAAAACUACUACCACUAUAUAAAACUACUAUCACUAUAUAAAACUGCUACCACUAUAUAAAACUGCUACCACUAUAUAAAACUGCUACCACUAUAUAAAACUGCUACCACUAUAUAAAACUGCUACCAUAGUUAAUAAGUUCAAAAGCUUUUUUUGAUUUGAUGCAAUAGUUUUGAGGAUAUAGGCCUUUAAACAAUGAACUGUUCCUGACUGUAACUCGAGUUGGUUCCAUUAUUGUUUUACGUCCACGAAAAUUUUAACUCGCUCACGCCUUCCUGGCUAGUACAACCAGAAAUUUUUAUCAGGUUUUGCUAGGUACAUAGUGCCGGUUGUACUAGCCAGGAUGGCGUGAUUGAUGAUGAAUCGCUUGUAAGAAUGCGGACAAGUACUUGCGUGUGUUACGCUUCUGCAGUACCUCCUUAUUCUGUGAUUGUGCAUAGGAGCCUGGGACUCAGGAACUGUAGGUAGUUUAGAGGCCUGUAUCUUCGAAAUUAUUGCACUAAAUCAAAAGAUGCUUUGGAACUUAUUAAUUAACUAACUUUUUAAGCUCUUUUCAAAUCCAUAAAGGUCCCACAAUUACAUAUUUAUAUUAGGGAUGAGCCGAUUAAUCGGUACGGCCGAUAAAUUGGCCGAUAUUUGGCGUUCUUAAAAUAAUCGGUAAUAGGCCGAUUAUUUUUUAUAAUCGGCUAUUUGCCGAUAUUUGCAAUUUUUUCGUUAAGAAAAAUAACUCUAUAAUCUAGUAAUCUAUACUCCAUCUUGUUUUUGACACUUUUGUUGUGGAUAUUUAAUCCCAUAUCCAUGAAUUCAUUUGACUCGUACAGUGACCGAUAACUGUCCAAUAUGAGUAAAUAUUUUCCGGAACGCACUAAAACUAGUACGUCAAUUUGUGGCGUAUACACAAGUAUUAAAAGUUGUCAAAAAACCGCUAUCCGGCAUUUGUACCCCGGUUCACAGAAACAUCGGCCAUAGCCGAUUAAUCGGCCGAUUAUUUUUUAUAUCGGCUCCAAUGUAUCGGAUUGGCGAAUCGGCUUUUUCUGGUAUCGUCUCAUCCCUAAUUUAUAUGGGUCAACAAUGGGAACACAUUUGAAUUUAAUAAUUUCAACUUUGCAGAAUCUGUUGAUAACAAGACAGCAGCUCAUGGAUCAAGUUUUAGUUUUAUCACAGACACCAAAUUAAACCAAGAAAAACAAACUGAUGAAAUGGCUGAAAUUUCAACCAACAAUGGUGCUUCUGUAAUUGAUUUGUUUGACACAUUGGAUGAAGGUGACUCCAGUAAUGGAGAUGGUCAAUUAUCUCUUUCUUAUUCAGACCAGUUGGCAGAAAUAUUGCCCAGUACAAUCCCUGUGGAUGAUACAUUGUUACCAGGUAUUUCAGGGGAAGACAUUGAUAGUUCUUCAGAAGAUGAUAUACCAGAGUAUGAAAUAAGCAAUUAUAUUACUAAUACUGCAAGCACCUUUGUACAAGAUGAAAAAAUCACUUGUGCUAACAAAGCAUUGGAGCAGCCUGGUGACAGCUUUGGUGUACCGGAUGGUACAAAUGAACUGGAUUUGAGUCGAGACCAUCCAAAAUACAUUACCAAGAGUGCUACAGAUGAGGCAGACAUGAAGUACAUUCUGGAACUUGACCCAGAGGAAAAUUUGACAUUGUUUUAUUCUCAGCAUUCAUUUAAACUGACCAAAUUAAGGUAUGGCCGGUGUAUGGUGUAUAAUACAUACAUUGUUUAUGCAUGUACGUAAUAGAGGUUCAUUAACCCGUUGAAUGGCAGUACUCUCCCCUUGAUGAGUAAAUGUCUGGUUUAGACAGUGUAAAAUGAUAAUGUAGGGUGCAUCAGAGCAAAUUGCCACUGAAAGGGUUAACCAUUAAGCUGCAAUGGAACCCAUCUAUAGAGGGAAGUUGAGGGGCAGAUAAAAAGUUGCCCAUCCAGUAUAAAAAAAAAUUUCUGUCAUAAACAUCCCAAAAUUUAGGGAUACGGAGAAGGGGCAGACAUGUCACCAAGGUUGUUCCAUCUGAUUUUUAAGUGGAAUCUGCCUGACACCUAGCGCUCCCCUACGCCUAACAAUGUGACAAAUGUUGGUCGCAUUAAAGCACAUGUUAAAUGGACACAUAGGCAGCGCUAGUCAGUUAACCCAUUAAUGCAUAAGACACAUACUCCCAUCAUCGACAAGUGAAAUGGUCUGGUGUGUUGCAGCAUAAUGGGUUAACAAGAAAAGAAUAAUGUGUUUAGCCUGCAAAUACACUUUUUUUCUCUCAAAAGAUAAGUAUAUUCUUGGGCAAACAUUUUGUUUGGGCAUGCAGUGGAAUGUUUUAAACCUUCUGUGGGAUGGAUUAGGUCGAGCCAUGCAUCACUCUUUUAAUUAAAAACAGACAACUUACUCUGGGAUCUUUUGAUUCUAGAGAUGAAAGAGAAGAACUACAACACAACAUAUGUGCUGUCUACAAAGAUAUCAGAAGUAAAAUGGUCUUGUUAGAGGACCAAUUGACGAACUUGAAAACAGACUUUGAUGAAGCACUAAGUAAUGAUGAUUAUGACUUGGCUGCAGAAAUUAAUGCGCAGUUAGAGGAAUUAAAUACAGAAAAGUUUGAGUUGGGAUGUUCAAGGCCAAAGCUAUUAGAUACAAAGGUAUUUUCAAUUGACACAUUUUUUGUUUUAAAAAUAUUUGCUGUUCCCUCCUUUUUGACCGUAGGGUUUCUGUGUUUUUCUAAACAUGAUUUGGUCGACCGAAGUGAUUGUUUUGAGAGAAGAAAUAUUUUGUUGUGUAGAUUCAGGAAUCCCCCUUUGUAUGAGCAGAAGUAGUUUAGUUUAGUUUAAUAACUUCAUCAUCAAAUUUACAGCAGAUGAUUGGUGAGCAGACAGAGCGUAGCCCCAAUUGAAUCUGCCUACCAUAAUUACGAACGAAUAACUUACAUUAUAGUACAAAUUUACAACUAAAACUAAAGAACUCCUAUAGAAAAUGCAGAAAAUAAGAUUAAAAUUAAGGGAUUAAGAGCCAGAGAAAUAGAUUAAAAUUACGGAGGUAUAUAAUUAUUCAAAGUUUUGUAAAAAAGGUUCUCAGUUUCCUCUUAAAGGCUCUAAUCUUCGCAACAGCCUUCAGAUCAUCUGGUAAUAGAUUCCAAGCUCUGAUUACUCUUGGGAAAUAUGAGUGUCUAUAAAAUUCGGUGUUACAUCUAAUCUCAUGAAAAUUGUUAAUGUUAAAAGAUCUAAUGAAAAUGCAAAUGAUUUUGUCAAUUAUAUUGUUUGUUGAGUAGUUUUCCCAAUGUGUGUGGUGAAAAUACAUAUAGCUGAGCUAGCUGCCACACAAGGCAGUUAACUCAGCAAGUUGCUCUUGUGUGCGGUGGGCUUUACCAGUGAACUUCUCAAUAUUUGCUGGCUUGCCGAGACUUUUUUUAUUUAUUGGUUGGUAGGUCGGGAAAAUUUUUAGAAAAAACACACUGAGUAUAUUUAAAAUCAAUGUUUUUAUCUUCUAAACAUAUAAUAAUUUCUUGGAGAAACAUUGGCUAAUCUCCAUAUUGAUUGUAACGACGAUAACAUGAGCCAGAAGUACUUAGUCAAAGUUUACUUGGCGUGCACUUCAUGUCAGACCCCAAAUUAACUAAAAUCGUAGAAUUGUCAGACAUCCCAAAUUUUUUAUAUUUUUCACUUUCUGAAUAAGGUCUGCGGAUCCGUAAACCAAUGAAUAAAAAAAGUCUCGCCCUAUUUUUUUCCAACUGUACAGCUCGAAAUUUUAAUGUACAAACCACUAUACAUAAUGUAAUUGCUCUAUUCUAAGUGGAAAUUGUUCAUCGUUUAUGUUGUUUGCUUCUCUGAUAGGUUGAAGAAUUUUUCGCGUGUGCGAUUGCUUUGCGAGGCUGUGAACUGGAAUUCCACAAGUGGUCACUAACAAAAUAUCAAGACUUGCAGAAACAACAAAAUGAUUUGUUGGAAAGACACAAAAGGCAGUAUUCUAAUGAAAUAAACGACAAGAAACAAGAACUAGCUUAUGAAAAGGAUAAAAUUAAUAGAUCUCUUCAGCACCUACAACUUGACAAGGAGCAUUUGGAAAAGGAUAGGACUGAUUUGGAUGAGAGAAUUAACUCAAAACUUGAAGUUUUUCAAAAUAGGAAGAAAGAACUGAUCUCAAAACAGUUUGAUUUGGAAACAGAAAUUGAACAGCUGGAAAAACGAUUGAAGGAAUUACGAAGUGAAAAAAAGGAAGUGGAAUGUUUCAUCCAAGAUGAAGAUGACAAGAUGGCGACAGUCAGAAAAGACUUUGAGAGUUUGGAGAUGAAAUUAAAUGAAAGAUGGGGCGAAGUGAAAGGCGAGGAAGAAAUAUUAAAGGGAAAUUUGGUAUGUACAUGAAUGGGAGGUCUCCAUCAUUGCGACCGACCUGUUGGAGUGUAUUGAAUACUAGGUGUGAGUGUAAUGAAUGAUCUGUCUUUACUGUACUCUUUCUAGGAAGAUAUUUUUAUGAGGGAAAAAGAGUUGGAUCUAACUGCCACUCAACAGCAGCUCAAGGAAGAAAGGUGAGACAACUUUUUAUAACAUCAAUCAUGUGAACAUCACAUGCACCAUAUUCUCACCAACUGCAUCGUCAUCAUCACCACCGUAACCAGCAUCGUCACUAUCAUAUUCACCACCAUCAUAGUCACCACCAUAAUCAGCAUUGUCACCACCAUAAUCAUCACCAUUACCUUCAUAAUCAUCAGCAUUACCACCAUAAUCAUCACUAUUACCACCAUAAUCGUCACCAUUACCUCACAAUUACACCAUAAUUAUUACCUCACCAUUACCACCAUAAUCAUCACCAUUAACUCACCAUUACCACCAUAAUCAUCACCAUUACCACCAUAAUUGUCACCAUUACUACCAUAAUCAUCACCAUUACCACCAUAAUCAUCACCAUUACCUCACCAUUACCACCAUAAUCAGGGCUGCAAAUAUAUAUUUGACUUGACAGGACAUUUGUCCGAUCACUUGUAAUUUUGGUCGGACAUAACCUGAAUUUGGUCGGACAAAAACAAACAUCACUAAAUUUGGUCGGACAUAUAUAUGUGACAAAAUAUAUAUAAGUCACGAGACAAAUAUGUAUUCCAUUCUGGCGCAACGUUAAUUAAGUAAAAUUAAAUGCUAUAGAACGCCUCGUAAAUUUUAUUGCAAAAUGCAAAUUGGUGAAUUUGCAAUCAGAUUUUGUCACAGCAAAAAAAUGUAUAAUGUGACAAUUUAUUUUGUGAUCGGACCAAUGUCCGAUCAAAAUCACUUUUGCUCGGACAUUUGCCAAAUUUAGUCGGACAUUGUCCGAUGUCCAACAGUAAUUUGCAGCCCUGAUAAUCGUCACCAUUACCUCACCAUUACCACCAUAAUCAUGACCAUUACCACCAUAAUCAUGACCAUUACCACCAUAAUCAUCACCAUUACCACCAUAAUCAUCACCAUUACCACCAUAAUCAUCACCAUUACCUCACCAUUACCACAUCAUCACCAUUACCUCACCAUUACCACCAUAAUCAUCACCAUUACCAUCACUAUGACCAUAAUCACUACCAUCACUAAUUAUCUUAAUUCAACCAUUCAUUUCAGCCUGAUGAAGACUCUCCGUUACCUUACUAUCAAUAAGAAGGAAUCUGAAAAUUUCAUUGAAACUAUGCAAAAAGAACCUGACCAGAAUAUACCAGACAUAUUUCUCACUCGUCUACCGCAAGAUCAUGGCGAUCAUCUAAUAAAGUAUGUAGCUUUUAAUUUCAGAAAGUCAAAGUAAUGUAAAGUAAACCUUGGUUUUAUUAUAAUAGAUAGCUUUACUAGUUAUUACUCCAGUGUUACUACACGAAUUAUUACUCCAGUGUUACUACACAAAUAAACUUAAUAUAAACUAAAUUUCAUUAUACGGGAUAGUUUUAACAGUUCUAAACUGUUCUUCCUAGAGGUCAGGAAAGGAUCAUCUCUUAUUGGCCAAUUUUUCCAAAAGGAGAAAACUUAAUUUUAAUUAACUUAGGGAGUGGUCAUUAUUUAUGGGCAAGGGGGGGGGGUUGGUAAAUGGGGAAAAUAAGGAUUGAAAAACUUUUUUGACCCCCUCCAGACUGAAGGCAAACUUUUUGUGCUCCCCCCUCAUAAAAAUAGAAGCUUGUCUAACCACCACCCCAAUGUGGAUUGAGAAACAGGUGUGUGUUGCAGGUAAAGUUAGAUAUUAGGACAAUCUGUUUAAUCUAGACAUGGUAUUAUUUAGUUCAAAAACUUUUUUGACCCCCACUUUCUCUGUGUUAAAACUUUUUUGACGCUUUCUAUUUAUAAGGGUAAAACUUUGUUUGCCCCCCCUGUUCCAUUUACCAACUCCUCCCCCCUUCCCUCCCCAUAAAUAAUGACCACUCCCUUAUCUGGACUUACAAAGUAUCCUUUUAAAACCUGCAUGACCCUGGUAAAGUAAAUCUGCAACCACUCCUUUUGCAUUUGACUUUUAUGUUAUUUUAUAUUAUAUUAUUUAAUAUUAUUUUAUAUCAUUUUAUAUUAUAUUAUUUUAUAUUAUAUUAUUUUAUAUUAUUAUAUAGUAGAGAGUGAGAUACUGAGAAAUACACAGUGACAUAUUUCCCAUAUCUUCACUAGUGAAGAUAUCGAUCACAUGACUUUUAGUAUUUAUACAAUUUUUUUGCUUGGGACUAUAUAAUAAACAGAACAUUACACGGUGGCUUGAAGAUAUAACUUUUAUCUUCUCGUAUUAAAAACAAUAUUUUACUCACUUGCUGCGCUCGUUCGUAAAAUAUUGUUUUCACCACUCCGGGAUAAAAAGUCAUCUUCGUGCCGCUGUAUAAUAUCCUCUAUUUAUAUUAUUUUGUAUUAUUUUAUCUUAUAUUAUUUUAUAUUAUAUUAUUUUAUAUUAUAUUAUUUUAUAUUAUUUUAUAUUAUAUUAUAUUAUUUUAUUAUUUUAUAUUAUAUUAUUUUAUUAUUUUAUAUUAUAUUACUUUAUAUUAUUUAUAUUAUAUUAUUUUAUAUUAUAUUAUUUUUUAUAAUAUAGCAUUUGUAAAUUCUGAACGCUGAUUGGCGAAGAGCCGUGUUGAUAUAACUCAAUGUCAACACAGAAACGUCGGAAAAUUUCUUUCUUUAUGUUUCUUUGUGCGAUAUUAUAAAACAAAUAUAAAACUUUUUUACGUAUUGAUAUAUAGUUAUAUCAACAUGAGUGGAAAUUGGGAAAACUCGAAAUUGUGUGAAAACACUCCGCCCUUCCUGUUUCCACACAAUUUCUUGUUUUCCCAAUUUCCACUCGUGUUGAUAUAACUGUAUAUCACUGUAUAUCAACACAGAAAAUGUUUUAAUAUUUGUUAAAUAUGAUAUUGUUUUAUAUUAUAUUGUUUUAUUUAUAUUAUUUUAUAUUAUAUUAUUUUAUAUUAUUUAUAUUAUUUUAUAUUAUAUACUAUUGAUAAAAUAUACUAUAAAAAAUAUAUAGAAAAUGUUCUGAAUUGUUAUAAACUGGCUAAAAAUUUCUCGAAUAUCUCAUUUGUAUUACUUAAGAUGUCAAAUGUUUAUUAUAAUCAACAAAUUAAUGUUUAAGAAUGGCUCAGUAAGUUACUCUCGACAACUUCUGUAUCAAUUCCCAUAUCAGCUUGAUGGCAUUGUUGUCCCCUUAUAUUUUUAUAUUAUAUUAUUUAUAUUAUGUUAUUUUAUAUUAUAUUUUAUAAUAUAGCAUUUGUAAAUUCUGAACGCUGAUUGGCUAAGAGCCGUGUUGAUAUAACUCCAUGUCAACACGGGAAAUUUUCCGCCGCUUGUAAACACGGAAUUUUUUCUUAUUCUUUGGGCUUUUGACAUUGCUAUAUUAUAAAACAAAUAUAAAACAUUUUUUCCGUAUUGAUAUAUAGUUAUAUCAACACUCGUGGAAGUUGGGAAAACUCGAAAUUGUGUGAAAACACUCCGCCCUUCGGGCGUUGUGUUUCCACACAAUUUCUCGUUUUCCCAAUUCCACUCGUGUUGAUAUAACUGUAUAUCAACACAGAAAAUGUUUUAUAUUUGUUAAAUAUAAAAUAAUAUAAUAUAAAAUAAUAUAAUUUAAAUAAUAUAAUAUAUAUAAUAUUUUUUAUGGACCAAAGAUACUUUUUUAUAAAUUAAUUUGGUUGCAGUGUAAAUAUAAAAUAAUAUGAUAUAAAAUAAUAUAAUAUAAAAUAAUAUAAUAUAAAAUAAUAUAAUAUAAAAUAAUAUAAUAUAAAAUAAUAUAAGAUAAUAUAAAAUAAUAUAAAAUAAUAUAUAGAGGACAUUACACGGUGGCGCAAAGAUAAUGAUACGACUUUUAUCUUAAAACUUAUGACUUUUAUCUUCUCGUGUUAAAAACAAUAUUUUACUCACUUGCUGCGAUCGUUUGUAAAAUAUUGUUUUCACCACUCGAAGAUAAAAGUCUGUGCUGAGUGGUUAUAGUACUACCUUAAAAAACAAGCAGAAAGUCUAUGUUUCGAGCAAAGGCCCUUUGUCAACAGUUAGUAGCUUUCUAACGAAGGGCCUUCGCUUGAAACGUUGAGUUUCUGCUUGUUUUUUAUAACCACUUGGCACAGUAUUUUCACAUUGGUACUACCUACACUGGUACAGACAGUUUUAGAAGAUAAAAGUUGCAUCUUUAUCUUUGCGCCGCUGUGUAAUGUCCUCUAUAUAUUAUUUUAUAUUAUUUUAUAUUAUAUUAUUUUAUAUUAUUUUAUAUUAUAUUUUAUUUUAUAUUAUUUUAUAUUAUAUAUUAUUUACACUGCAAACAAAUUAAUUUAUAAAAAUGUAUCUUUGGUUCAUAAAAAAUAUUAUAUAUAUUAUAUUAUUUUAUAUUAUUUUAUAUUAUAUUAUUUUAUAUUAUAUUAUUUUAUAUUAUUUUAUAUUAUUUUAUAUUAUUUUAUUUUAUAUUAUUUUAUAUUAUACUAUUUUAUAUUAUUUUAUAUUAUAUUAUUUUAUAUUAUAUUAUUUUAUAUUAUUUUAUAUUAUAUUAUUUUAUAUUAUUUUAUAUUAUAUUAUUUUAUGUUAUACUAUUUUAUAAUAUUUUAUAUUAUAUUAUUUUAUAUUAUUUUAUAUUAUUUUAUAUUAUUUUAUAUUAUAUUAUUUUAUAUUAUUUUAUAUUAUUUUAUAUUAUACUAUUUUAUAUUAUGCUAUUUUAUAUUAUUUAUUAUAUUAUAUUAUUUUAUAUUAUUUUAUAUUAUAUUAUUUUAUUUUAUAUUAUACUAUUUUAUAUUAUUUUAUAUUAUAUUAUUUUAUAUUAUACUAUUUUAUAUUAUAUUAUUUUAUAUUAUAUUAUUUUAUAUUAUUUUAUAUUAUAUUAUUUUAUAUUAUAUUAUUUUAUAUUAUACUAUUUAAUAUUAUUUUAUAUUAUAUUAUUUUAUAUUAUUAUUUUAUAUUAUAUUUAACAAAUAUAAAACUUUUUCGUGUUGAUAUACAGUUGUAUUAUUAUUCUGUUAUAUUUCGAGUUUUUCCAAUUUCCACAAGUUUUAUAACAGCACAAAGAAAUAUAAUGAAAGAGUUUUCCGACGUGUUUUACCAAUUUCCACGAAUUUUAUUAUAUAGCACAAAGAAAUAUAAACAAAAAAAAUUUCGAACGUUUCCAUGUUGACAUUGCGCUAUAUCAACAUGCCUCUUAGCCAAUCAGCAUUCAGAAUUUACAAUUGGUAUAUUAUCAUAUUUUAUAUUAUAUUAUUUUUAUUACAUUAUGUUAUUUUAUAUUAAAUUUUAUGAUUUAUAUUAUUUUAUAUUAUAUUAUUUUAUAUCAUUUUAUAUUAUAUAUAUUAUAUUAUUUUGUAUUAUACUAUUUUAUAUUAUUUUAUAUUAUAUUAUUUUUUCCGUGUUGACAUUGAGCUAUAUCAACAAGCCAAUCAGCAUUCAGAAUUUACAAGUGGUAUAUCAUUAUUUAUAAUAUUUUAUAUUAUAUUAUUUAUAUCAUUUUAUAUUAUAUUAUUUUAUAUUAUAUUAUUUAUAUUAUUUUAUAUUAUAUUAUUUGAUAUUAUUUUAUAUCAUUUUAUAUUAUAUAUAUUAUAUUUUAUAUUACAUUAUUUUAAUAUAUUACUUAUAUUAUAUUAUUUUAUAUUAUAUUAUUUUAUAGAUUGAAAAGUUUAGAGAAAGUUAAAGCCAAAGAUUUACAAGAUUUGGAAUUACAGGUAAUGUUAUUAUUUGCUAAAUCAAGGUCUAUUUGAGAAACCAUUGGAUGUUUAUCAAACUGCAGAGAUGCAUUUGAUUUGACACGCCUUGCAAAGACACAUUUGAUUUGAUUGAUUGAUUUUAAUAGAUUUGAUUUGGUACCAACACUUCACAAACACAGUACAAAAUUACAAACUAUUUUAAAUAUAUCAGCAUUGGUAUAUAUCCAUGACAAGGUUCUAACCGAGCUCUAGCUCGACAACUGGUCGCUGCACCGGAAUCACAUGUUUGAUUCCUACCCAGGACCUGUAGGUACAUUCUUUGCAGCUGUUCCUGAUUAAUAAAUGUAGCUAGGCCAAAGCUUUUUUAACGAAACUUACUUUUUUAUUGGAUCAUGCUUGUAAGUGUUUCCACUUAGAGGAAAAAGUUUGUGGAAAAUUGAAAUUUGAGGCAAUAUUAGGGAAAUUUAUCUUUGGAUGUGGAAGCACUGACUAAACAAAAUGGCGUCCGGUUGUUAGGAAAAUAAAAAGAAAGUUUAAAAAAAAAUAUUUAAAACCGUCCUACCCUACCUAAGUUUUUAUAAGAAGAAACCGCUUGUAAUCUAUUUUUAUGUUUGCAUUAAACAUUAGGUGUUUAACCAAGAACAAGGGAUAUCAACUAAAACGAAGAGAUUAAACGAAAUACAAAAUCAAAUGCCCGAUCUUGAAAAAGCUAAAAAAUGCGCAGUGACUGACCACAAUUUUAAAGAAGCAAAGAGAGUGAAUGAACUGAUCAAACAGUUGACAAGUGAAACCGAAAUGUUGAACAACGAUGUUGAACAAAUGAAAAAUACAUUGACUGGGGAUAAAGAGAAAACUGCAACGUUAAAAAAAGAUCAUGGUUCGGCGAAGAAUGAUGUCAUCCAAGCGAAGGAGAACUACGGUACGUACUGUACGUAAUUACAACAAGUUCUAUUCAUAGGCGCCGAAAGAUCGAUAAGUGGGGGGGGGACCAUUUUCAUAUAUUCGUGUUCACAGACCUUAAAAACAAUCGAUUUCAAAAGAAAUUAAUAAUGCAGAACACGAAUAUAUGAAUAUGCCCCCAACUUAUCGAUCUUUCGACGCCUAUGGUUCUAUUUAAACCAUGAAAGUAAAAGCUAUCGCCGACGUUUUCGUCCAUUUUUAGGCCCUUUUUUAUCUUUAAAAAAAGGGGGAAAUGGCAAGAAACGUAAGUCUAAAGGCCAUGUUACACGGUGCAAUUUUUCUUGCAAUGCAAUUGCAUAAUUCUACUCAAUUGUAGAAUUGUACAAUUGUAGAAUUCUACUCUUGAGAGAUGUUAAUUAGUGAAAUCAGUGAAGAAUUUUCGAUAUGUUGAGAAACCAUCAGCGGAGUGUAAUGAAGACUCGUAUUUGGCAAUUUUACAUCUCUCAAGAGUAUAAUUGCAUUGCAAGUUGCAAGAAAAAUUGGCCUUAACCCUUUAAAAUUUCGUCCAUUUUAGCCCCUCUUCAUUUUUGAAAAGGCACUAAAAAAGUAAAGGCUAACCCAUAGAUAUCUUAUAUGCACUAGAUAGCGCAUAUAAGAUAUGUAGAUAGCGCAUCUCUUUUAGUAAAAUUGAAGCCAAGAAUAUUCCAGCG